AAUUCAUAGCAGAUAUGAUGUUUGAAAAACUACUAAGCUUCGGAGGGUUGGUCAAAUUAGAGACUAUCACUGCGUAUGGGGCAUCAGCACUAAGACUUCUGAAUUAUAUCGGACCAUUCCUGGCAGUAGCUGUGUACUUACUAAUUUUCGCAAAUUUAUUUAUAUUCUUUGAAGUUUUGUUUCCAAUGAUUUACCGAAAUUAUGGCCCUUUUCAAACAUGGCUGAUGUCCAUAUUCGGCUUAUAUCUCGCCUUUAACAUUUGGUUUAACCAUCUCAUGGGAAUGAUGAUCAGACCUGGAAACUUAAAAGAUUAUUAUCUCAAUUAUGCCACAAAGGAGCAAGAUUUACGUAGAAAAGAAGAUGUAUUAAGACAUAAAACAGAGUCUGAUUCAGGGACGGACAUGAAAAGUCUUCUCAAGCAUUCACAUUGCGACAUAGAUAAUGCAAUUGAUGUUAAUGGUAGAGUUUGCGAAAAAUGAGCUUGGUAUCAAUCAGUUGAAAAUCAUGACACAGAAAAAUAUGAGCAAGGAGAUCAUCCCUAUAAGCCUAUUAGGUUCCAUCAUUGAUCUAUCUGUCAGGAUUGAAUCAUGAAUAUGGAUCAUCAUUGACCUUGGUUUAACAACUGAGUUGGAUUGAAUAAUAAUAGAUACUUCUUGCUUUUCCUUUUCCAUUUAUGGAUAUCUAAUAUUUUCAUGCUAUAUCAUUUGUAUGAGUGCAGUGGACAACCACAUUUCUACAAGCAUGGAAGUAUAGCUUCUAUUGGCUUAGGAAUGCACGUUGGACUCUUCUUUGGAAUAGGAUUCUUCAAUAUAUGGCAAUGGUAUCUCACUCUUAAAGGCAUCCCUCAAGUUGAAUUUAUUCAGACCAGGCUAAAUAGAAAAAUGAAGUCUGGAAGUUAUACACACGAUUUUGGAUUAAAAUCAUGCAGAGAUAAUUUAUACAUGACCUUUGGAACAAGGAAUUUAUUUGCUCAAUUUCUUCCUUCUUUGAGAUCACUACCUUUGAAUGGACUUGAAUUUAGUGCUCAGAAGAAGUCUUCAACUUGAUUUACUAAAAUGUAA